AAAAAUGAUAUGAUAUAUGUUUAUAGCCAAUCAUGCAGAAGGGGUGUUUGAAAACAUCUUAUCGAAUGAUAAAAGUAUGAAAUCAAAUUACAAAACUAUUUUAGCCUACCUAUUCGGAUUUUUUCUGGUUUUCUAGUUCAGCAGAUCAGCAAAUUAGGCUGCAUCUAAUACCAAUUGCUAUUACAAAGGAUAUAAUAUGGAAAGACUAUAAAGCUGUAAUAGACAGUAGUUGAUAGAUAAUAAGUUUCUCAUUGAACUAAAUAAAAAUUUAAUCGAUUCAAAUAUUCAACAUGGAUUAUAAAUUUCCAAAUGAAUUUAUGUUUGGUGCUUCAACUGCUGCAUAUCAAAUUGAAGGAGGCUGGAAUGCAGACGGAAAAGGAGAAAAUAUUUGGGAUCGCUUGGUUCAUACUAGUCCGGAAUUAAUAAGAGAUGGGACUAAUGGAGAUAUUGCCUGUGAUUCCUAUCACAAGUAUAAAGAAGAUGUAGCACUUGCAAAAAAUUUAAAUUUGAAGUUAUAUCGCUUUUCAAUAUCAUGGGCUCGAAUAGCACCAUCUGGAGUAAUGAGUUCAUUAAAUCUAGAAGGAAUAGCAUACUACAAUCGUCUCAUCGAUGAACUUAUCAACAAUGAUAUUAUUCCCUUAGUUACAAUGUAUCAUUGGGACUUGCCACAAUACCUACAAGAUCUUGGAGGUUGGGUUAAUCCAAUUAUGUCAGAUUAUUUUAAAGAAUUUGCACGAGUGUUAUUUACUUACUUCGGAGACAGAGUAAAAUGGUGGAUAACACUUAAUGAACCAAUGGAGGUUUGUAAAGGUUAUGCCAUUAAAGGCUAUGCGCCAUACUUGAAUUUAAACAAUACCGGAUUGUAUUUGGCGGCUCAUACACAACUUAUUGCACAUGGAAAAGCAUAUAGGUUGUAUGAAGAGAUGUUUAAACCUACACAACAAGGAAAAAUAAGUAUUUCAAUAAACGGAGUAUUUUUCAUACCAAAAAAUGUUGAGUCAGUUGAUGACAAAAAUACUGCUGAAAGAGCCAAUCAAUUUGAGAGAGGGUGGUUCAGUCAUCCAGUAUACAAGGGAGACUAUCCUCCAAUAAUGAGAAAAUGGGUUGAUAAAAAAAGUAAAGAAGAAGGUAGACCGUGGUCAACUUUACCAACAUUUACAGAAGAUGAGAUUAGAUUAAUUAAAGGUACAGCAGAUUUUUAUGCUCUCAAUCAUUAUUCUUCUCGUUUAGUAACUCAUGGAAGAGAUCCAGAUCCUCAUUAUAAUUCAGAUGCAGAAUAUGUUACCUCUGUAGAUGAAUCAUGGUUAAAACCAUCUGUUGCGCCGUGGCUUGUACCAGUACCUGAUGGAUUAAGACAACUUUUGACAUGGUUAAAAAAUGAAUAUGGCAAUCCACCUUUGAUUAUAACAGAAAAUGGAUAUGGAGAUAACGGCCAAUUGGACGAUGUUGAUAGAAUUAACUACAUGAAGGGUUAUUUAAAUGCAACAUUACAAGCAAUACAUGAAGAUAAUUGCAAUAUUAUAGGAUUUACUGUAUGGUCUCUCUUGGAUAAUUUUGAAUGGAUGGAUGGUUUAGCAAUUCAUUUUGGACUUGUUAAGGUAGAUUUUAAUAAUCCUCAAAGAACUCGUACUCCAAAAGCAUCAUAUACAUUUUUCAAGAACGUGGUAUCAACUGGCCGAUUGGUAACAUCUUCUAUUAGUAAAACACCUUUAUCUGAAUUAUGAAAAAAUCUUAUUUACGAUAAUUAUUAUUUUUGUCAUGUUUAUUCUUAAAUCAUAAAUAUUGCAUUACCAUACCUCUAACCUUCUGUAACAACUUAACAACUCGAUAUUGUUUAUGUAAUAUUAUAAUGUAUAACUCUAAGAUUCAUAUAACUUAUGGUUACUAAUUAUUAUUUGGUGAGUGAAACUUAAUUGUAAAAGUAUGAUAUCCAUAAUGAAAAUAUAAUAUAAUAUUUUAUUAUA